UGAUGGCGGCAGAAGAAGACAAUCCCAGCCUGCACCGCUGUUCCUGUGUCAGAAGUUACCGAACCGGGCACGCUGAACGCCGCCGGAUAGGUGGCUUCAGCCGGGCACGUCAGCAGCGGACAGUCGGUGGUCUCCCCGGUCCUCGGCAUGAGCGGCUUGCGGACGAUGGUGGCCUCCAUGGUGGCGGUCGGAGCCCUGGGGGUCGGCUACGUGAUGUGGUCGGUGAUCUCUCCGAGCGAAGAGAGGCGGAGAGAGAUGUUGAAGAACCUUCCUGAGUCUAACCCGAUGAGGAUGGAAGAGACGAGGCAGAGGAACGCGAUGCUGAUGCAGGUCCUGAAGGAGGCGGCGGAAACCAGCGACAACCUGGCGAGAGGCUACGGUGGACCUGCCAAGUAGCUGGAUGAGAGUCAGCUGGUGGUGAGGCCUGCAGAACCCCGACAUGGACACGAGCAGCACACGGAGGACGUCUGAUGUGCAUCUCUAAGCUCAAAUAUGUGUAAUCGCUUCAUUAAAUCUGUGGAAUUAAAA